AUGCCACCGAAGAGGCGCUCAUCAUCUAAAAAAAAAGCCACACCACCACCGCCGCCUGUUAUUCUUUAUGCAACUAAAAAAGAUGAGUUUGAGAGUUUGGUGUUGCAGUUCCGCGGAAGCUGUUUGGUUGCCGUUGUAACACCAUUUUGUAAUCGAUGCUCACGUACUGUUAUGCCCUUCUUGGAAAAGCUUAACGCUGAACGGCCACCUUUGUUAGCGACUCAAAAUAUAGUGGUAAUCACCGCUGGUGAAGAAUCAGCGGAGCUGUGUCGAUCUCUCGAGGUAGUGUCAGUCCCGUUUUUCUUCGCCUACUCAUAUGGGAAGAAAAUUCAUGCCUUUUCUGGUGACAACGUGGAGAAGGCCCUCUUAAUUGCAAAGAUAGCAGCACAACAAGCUGAGGUAGAUGCAAAGGAAGCAGCGGCCGAAAAUGAGACUAGAGCAGCUGAGGAAGGUAAUGUUGAGGCUGCAGUAGCUGUACAAUAG